AAUUGACCACUCAAAAAGAGAAUUAUUCCGAAUUAGCAAGUGAACAAAAUCUAACCAAAAACCGGUUAGAAAAAACUAGUGCUUCUCUCGCCAGAACUCAAACCGAACUAAAUAAUUGCCGAGAAAGGUUUUCGCUACUAGAAAGCAAAAAGAACGAAUUGGAUGAAAAACUAACUACUAAAAACCAAGAAUUAAAAGAACUAAAUUAUUCUUUGGAAACAAUUUAUUUAUUAUUCCAAAUUCCUCCCACUCCCCAAAAUAAUCCGGGUGAAAAUACUCAAGAAGAAAGAGAACUUUUGCGAAGGUUAGCCAAUCUAGUGACCAAUUAUCACAGUUAUCAUUCUCUCAGCCCCAAUGGGUCUUUGAAAACUAGGGGAAAUUAUUCGUUCCCUUUUCAAGAAGAAGAAAACUCGGAAAGAGAAUUCUUAACUCUUAACGAUCAAAGAAUUAUCUAUCGCGAGAAUUUAAAAAAUUUAACUAAAGAGGAGUUAGUAACUAAAAUUCAAGCAUUAGAAAACGAACUUUUAGAAAAAAGAACUUCCCUAAGCAUUGCUGAAAGCCGUUUACGGGAUAAUGAGUUGGAAAUUAGUAAUCUCAAAGAAUAUAGUAUAAGGUACCUAGAGGUAGUUAAAGAAAACGGAGAACUAAAAACAGAACAAACAAUUAAUAGGUUUGAACAAGAAAAGUUGCAAGCGUCUUUUGAACCUCCUCCAUCUAUUACUUAUCCCCAAAGCGAAGAAGUCCAAAUUCGGCCAAAAGAAAUGGAAACAACCAGCACGCAAACUGAUGAAAUUUUCCCGAAUUGA